AUGGAAUUACUUCCUGAGGGACAAAGAAACACUGCGGUUGAAGUGGAAUGGGAAGAUCAACAGAGAAUCAAUAAGUUCUCGACAUUGAUAAAUAAAAAGGAUAGCAAGCAAUUACAAUUGGAUAAAUUAAAAGUUGAAAAAGAGUACCUUGAUGACUUGACCAUGGAAUUGGAACUAUUUGAUGAGGAUGAGAAGAUUCAGUACAAGGUGGGCGAUGCAUUUAUGUUUAUUAAGGUGAAAAAAGCAUUGGGUAAGAUUGAGAAUGACGACGAGGCGAUACUGAAGAAAAUUGAUGAUAUAGUUGAACUCAUUUCUGAAUACGAUGAGGAAUUGGGUAAGUUGAAGAAGGCAUUGUAUGCCAAGUUUGGUAAUAACAUUAAUCUAGAACGGUGA